CGCAACCCUGCCUGCGCACGACAGCCCUGCUUGUCGGAUCAGCUGACCGAGUGUGAUUCGGUCACGGAAUCUGUCAUAUUUGAUGCUGACUGAAAAUUAUGAAUAUUUGGCUGUAGCAAGUUGCCCCGCUGUAAGGUUUUACAUAAAACCAUCGCUUCUAGUUUUCGCGCAGUGUUCCUCAGCCUGUCCUUCCUUUCUGCCUGAUGUCCAUCACCAUGACUGAGUUUUGGUUGAUCUCUGCCCCCGGCGAGAAGACCUGCCAGCAAACUUGGGACAAGCUGGUGGCAGCCACUCGUAACAACAACCUCUCCGUCAACAAUAAGUUCAACAUCCCCGACCUCAAGGUGGGGACCCUUGAUGUCUUGGUGGGACUGUCAGAUGAAUUGGCUAAACUGGAUGCUUUUGUGGAAAGCGUGGUGAAGAAGGUGGCGCAAUACAUGGCUGAUGUCUUGGAAGACAGUCGAGACAAAGUCCAGGAGAACUUGCUGGCGAACGGAGUGGACCUGGUGACCUACAUCACACGGUUUCAGUGGGACAUGGCCAAGUAUCCCAUCAAACAAUCUCUGAAGAACAUCUCUGAAAUUAUCUCCAAGCAAGUAAGUCAGAUUGAUAAUGACCUGAAGUCUAGAGCCUCAGCUUACAACAACUUGAAGGGCAACCUGCAGAACCUGGAGAGGAAGAACGCAGGCAGCUUGCUGACCAGGAGUUUGGCUGACAUUGUGAAGAAAGAAGACUUUGUGCUGGACUCUGAGUACUUGGUCACCAUGCUGGUGGUUGUACCAAAGACAAAUUACGCGGAAUGGCAGAAGACGUAUGAAACGCUCUCUGAAAUGGUGGUACCACGAUCAACUAACCUUCUAUUUGAGGACCAGGAGAGUGGUCUCUUCAGUGUCACACUCUUCAGGAAGGCCGUCGAUGACUUCAAGCACAAAGCCCGGGAGAACAAGUUCACUGUCCGGGACUUCCAGUACAACGAGGAGGAGAUGAAGGCUGACAAGGAGGAAAUGACUCGGCUGUCGACGGACAAGAAGAAGCAGUUUGGGCCACUUGUCCGGUGGCUGAAGGUGAACUUCAGCGAAGCGUUCAUCGCCUGGAUCCACAUAAAGGCGCUGAGGGUGUUUGUGGAGUCAGUCUUGAGGUACGGACUGCCCGUGAACUUCCAGGCCAUGCUGCUGCAGCCCAACAAGAAGAACAUGAAGAAGCUGAGGGAGGUUCUCAACGACCUGUACAAGCACCUGGACAGCAGCGCCGCCGCCAUUAUCGACGCCACCAUGGACAUCCCUGGUCUGAACCUGAGCCAGCAGGAGUACUAUCCCUAUGUAUACUACAAGAUCGACUGCAAUCUCCUGGACUUCAAAUAGAUCCUCACUGCACCUCUCUGCCACUACUUCAUUCCGCAUUUUAGAUGUUUUGAUUUUUAUGUUGGAUGCAGAUGAAUUAUGAAAAUACUGAAUUUAAAUUGGCUUCUGGUAUCACGCGUGGGUGAUCCCACGCUGCUUGGGAAAGGAAUCCCACAAAAAAGCGGGUUCUCUGUGUGGUGUGGAAUCUUUUGCUCUUAUUUAAUUCAGUUUACAUUUUUAAAAAAUGUAAUCCAGCUGGAAAGGUUGAGGUAUUUGUACAUGGGUGGCUUAUUUAAAAAUAACCGUCCGCUUAUGUGUUUUGAAUCAUUCCUUGUCUGUACAUCAUGGGGCAGUGGUGUUCGUGGUCGGAGCUAUUUAUACACCUUUACUCUGGGUUCUCCUAUUCUCUCGACCCAGCUUACCUGGUCUUCUUCCCCAAGUACUUGUGAAACAACAAAAACUGUGGUACUCAAAAACAAUGUGUGGUUCAGUUCCAUGUCUGUAUAUUUUGUGUUUAAAUAGUACAUGUGCAAGAUCUUGUCAUUAUCGUAACUAUAAACAAAUAAAUAUAUAUGGGUAUAAAACCGA